CCCGGGAUGCGCUCUGAGUGUAAUCUUAACCGGGAAAGCGCGACGAAGAAAAGCUCCCGCGAGCUGCGAACGCGUCGUACUCAAGUGAUGUGCUAGUGAAAAAGGAACCUGCAGCAGAAGCGUUUGGGAGAAGAACGAAGAGAUUUGAAUCUAGUGACAAACGCUCGGGGCUUGUUCCUGUUCCUUGAAGGACUGUUCGAAGAAGAUUUUUGUGAAGUAACACAUACGCCACAUAGCUGUAACUGAAUCACAUAGAAUACUGAUUAGAAUAAAAAUGGUGAUGCUAGUGAAAAGAAUUGUUCCGGUACUACUGGUUCUGGCCGUUGUCCAACGGUUAAAUGCCCAAAGGGAUUAUUGCGACAAGUCAUUGUGCAAAAACAAUCAACCACACGUUGCGUGCGGCAAGGGAGACAGUUAUGGUCCUUUCUGCCCGCCGAACCGAGAGCUGGUCCCGCUGUCGGAGGAAGUGAAACGAUACAUCCUAGAUCUGCACAACCAGUUCCGAAGUACGGUGGCACGUGGUGACGUCGUCGGCUAUUCGCCAGCAUCACGUAUGCCAACUCUGGUAUGGAACGACGAGUUGCAAAAGCUAGCCGAGUACAACGUAAAAACCUGUAUCUACGGCCACGAUUACUGCCGGAACACUCCGGAGUAUCCAUUGGUCGGGCAGAACAUUGCGGCCAACUCAUUCUACGGAAUGGAAGUUACUCCGCUGGACACGAUGACUGAACUGCUGUACAGUUGGUACGGAGAGUAUGAAAAUGGCAACAUGGGUUUCAUCAAUUCCUAUCCACUGCUGGGACAAGAUCCUCCAAAAGAUAUCGGUCACUUUACGCAGAUCAUGAUGGACAAAGCGGUAUCGAUCGGAUGCGCAAUGAUCCAGUACACCCAGAACGAGCAGGGCCACGACUGGGUGCACCAGAACUACGUUUGCAACUACUCCAACUCGAUUGCCCGUGGUCAUCCGGUGUACAUUUCCGGACCGACCUGUUCCAAGUGCGAAACCGGAUGCAGUCAGGUCUAUCCGGGACUGUGCAAUAUUGGCGAACAGGUUGAACCGACCAAGACGUAGUUAGGUUGAUAGAACUCGAUGAUGGUUGAGCAGUGUGGUCUGAGAUUGUGGGAACGACGAAUUGCGGAGGUUCAUCCAACAAUCAUGUAAAUAGGUUUCUUUUUCUAGCCCCGAACGAGAUAGAGAAUGAUUCAACUAAUUUAUUAGCUCAUUCAAAUGUAUGCCCUAAGGACAAUGAUAUAAAUUAUUAUCGUAGCAAAACGAGCAGAGAAAAAAUC